UCGCCAACUUGGCCUGCGCAUCCGCCAAGUUCCAGAAGCCACGCCACCGAGGCACCGACUACCGAGAGCCCUGCAGCAGAAGAUUUAAGGCAGCCUGAGACCGGUGAGAUAGUGAGAGAAGCUAGAUCGAUCGAGCAUUCUGGUUGACGCAAGCAGAGUGACACACGACGAUGGCCGCGCCGGCGCCGCAGCAGGGGCAGACGGUGAUGGUGGCGGUGGACGAGAGCGAGUGCAGCCGCCGCGCGCUGGAGUGGGCGCUGCGGAACCUGGCGCCCACGCUGGCGCCCCCGCUGCUGCUGCUCACCGUGCAGCCGCUCGUCCCCCUUGGAUACGUCUCCGCGGCCUCCUUCGGCACCCCUCUGGGCACCGUUCCUCCUGUAGCCCCGGAGCUCAUCAAGUCGAUGCAGGAUCAGCAGAGGGAGCUCACGCAGGCGCUCCUCAGCAAGGCCAAGGCCAUCUGUGCGGAGCAUGGGGUUCCAGUAGAGACAAUUGUUGAAGUAGGAGAUCCGAAGGAGAUGAUAUGUGAAGCAGCUGAGAAAAAAAAUGUCGAUCUGCUAGUCCUUGGAAGCCACAGUCGUGGGCCUAUACAAAGGUUGUUUCUUGGGAGCGUUAGUAACUACUGCGUUCAUCAUUGCAAGUGUCCAGUUCUUGUUGUGAAGAAUCAAGGCUGAGGAUUCCUGCAUAAAUCAACUUCCAAUGUUGUCGUAAUUCUGUUUGGGUAUUUAUCAACAUAUAUAUAUAUAUAUAUAUAUAUUGAAUGCUAUCAACAUAUUGUACACAAUAACGGGCAAGAUAGUGCAAGUAUUACUUUGGUCAAACACAUUUGGCAAAUAAAGCAUCUUGCUUCUGGACAUCGGAGUGUGGAGGCUGACAAAAGAGGGGGGUUUUCGUUGAUCAAUAGUGUCUUGCUUCCACACUGGCAUAUGCAUAUUCCGGUUCCGCAGAACUGUAAAAAGGAACUUACUAUGAACUUUGUGCGAAUAAAUGUCUCCAAAUACUUGGCACUU